AUGAGCGCCUGCGGCUCUGCAGGGCACUGGCCCUUGGUCUUGGAGCUCUUCAACCAGAUGACCAGCGAAGACCUGGAGGCCACGGAGAUCUCGGCGGCCGCAGCUCUGGCGCCCCUUGCGGCGGCCAGUGCCUGGGGCGCGGCGCUGGCUCUGGCGGAGGUCAUCGAGCGGCGGGGACUUCUUCUGAAUUCCGCGGUCUACGAGUGCGCCAUCGAGGCAUGUUUCUAG